GUCACGGUAGGAAAAUCCAUUGUUUUCCUCCGUGUCAUGUUUGUGUGUGUGUGUUGUUCACUUACCCUGCCAUGUGCUCGUUAGAGCGAUCCCUUUCACCUGUGUGUUGAUUGUCUCGCUCCAGCUGUUCAUCAUUACAUCAUCUCCAUAAAAACUCACCUGACUUUCUGUUCCCUGCCAGAUUCUAUUGUUUGCUCAGUCUCCGUGUUGCUUGGUUGUUCCCUGUGCUUUGGAUUACGUGUUUCAGUUGGAUGUGUAUUGUCGUCGUCGUCUUCGUGUGGAUGUUCCGUGUCAGCCUGGAUUUCACCACUGCUCACCACUCCACCAACGUCGCACUCAAAACACCAACUUCCACCGUAGUCAUCGUCACCAUUGCCAUCAACCACACCGGACUGGAUUACUUCCGCAUUUGACUUUGAAUACUCUCUCUUUGUUUAUAUUUAAUAAACAUUGUUCAUUUUUACACCUGCGUUUGCUUCCGUCUUUUACAAGUCAUUACAGAAGAAUCUGGCCAAACAUGGAAGCAGCAGGUGGCCAGCCGAUCUCCGCGUUGGAGGAGUUUCUCCAGCGAUCUCUGGCUCGUAUGGAUCAUCAGGAUCAAACCAUCGAGGACAUGCGGAAGGCCGUCCAGGCAAUGGUGGCGAAGGUUUCCGAGCUCUCUCAGCGAUCUCCGAACAUCACGCCUCCCACUGCGCCACCCAUGCCGCCCGCACCAUCUUCACCUCCAGGGGCCCCGGACAUUCUCGCUCGAGGAGACCAAAGUGGCGUUCACGCUCUCGCUGCUCUCGGGCAAGGCUGCCCUCUGGGGGACGGCGGUAUGGGAAAACCACGACAGCUGUUGUUCCUCGUUCGCCUCGCUUUCCGAAGAAAUGAAGAGGGUUUUCGAUCGCUCCGUCGCCGGGAGGGAGGCCGCCCGGCUCCUCACGGAUCUCCAGCAGGGGGAGCGGUCGGUCUCGGACUAUGCCAUCGAGUUCCGUACCCUGGCGGCGGAGUGCAGGUGGAACGAGGAAGCGCAGUGGGACCAUUUCCUGCAUGGGUUGGCGGAUCGGAUCCAUCGAGAGAUCAUCACGGCGGAAUUACCGAAGUCGCUCAACGGUCUGGUGGACUUGGCGAUCCGGGUUGA